GCAACCCAUUACAAACGACCCUGAGAUGCACAUGAGGAAAUAAUGCUCAUUCACAGGAAUAAUAAAAAUGCCUGGGCAUUUAGAUGUUUAAGCUACUAGCGCUGCUUUUAUUCAACAUUUCGACAAUAAAAAGAAGUUGCAAUUCCGUACAAUGGUGGAAUGGGGGGAUAAUGUAUAUGUAGUAUGUGUGCGUAAAUGUCAUGCAAGUGCUAUGUGUACGAUAUAUAGAACGCACAAAGAUAUUAAUUAAACGUCAACACGUACGAAUUAAAUAAUCCAAAAUGGGAAAAGGAUUUAAUAAUUACAUGUGUAAAAAGUUUUUUCACCCAGCAUCUCGGGACAACUUGAAACGAGUAUGGAUGGCCGAACAGCAAGCUGAAGCUUAUAAGAAAAAGCAAGAGGAAUUACGGGUUCAGUAUGAAAAGGAGCAAGAUCUUCAUAAUAACAAAGCUUUGCUCAGCAAAGAAAGCAAGGAUAAGCUUAGUGUAAAUUUCAUGUAUGAGCCCCCUCCUGGUGCAAAGAAAGAACGAGAAAAAGAAGAUAACGAACCGGAGUAUAAGUUUGAAUGGCAACGCAAAUACAAUGCACCCAGAGAAAGUUACUGCAAAGGUGACAGUGAAAUUAGAGAUCAGCCAUUUGGUAUUCAAGUACGCAAUGUACGUUGUAUCAAAUGUCACAAGUGGGGCCAUAUAAAUACAGAUAAGGAGUGUCCUCUGUACAGUCAAGCAAUGAGUGUGGUAAUGGCAAAUAAUUCACAAACUCCAACUGCUCCAGAUGCUUUAACUCUGGUUCAACAAAUGAGGGAAGAUGGUUUAGCUCUUAAAAAAUCGGCGCUCAACGCUCAACAACAUUUACGGGUUCCUGAACACGAACAUCUUAUGGUCUCUGAUGAUGAAGAACAAUCGGAAAUAACAUUUUUAAAAACUCUCUCUAAAAAAGAGAAAAAAAAAUUAUUAAAGAAAUUGCAGCAACUUGAAAAAAAGACCAAAAAAACGAAGAAAAGAAAAUUGAAACACAGAAAAAUGAAACGCAAAGAGAGCAGCAGCGAUACAGAUAGCGAUACAGACAGCAGUAGUAGCAGCAGUGUUAGUAAUAGCAGUAACAGCAGCAGCAGUAGUAGUAGCAACAGCAGUAUCACCAACAGUAAUAGUAGUAAUAGUACGAACUGUAUUAAUAAUAAAAAUCAUGGUCAUGCAUCAAAAGAGUCUAAAAGGAAACGGCAAAAGAAGGAAAAAAGUUCAAAGAUUUCAAACAGUGAAAUUACGAACCAUCAUAAAAAAAAAGAAAAACGUCACAAAUCAAGUAGUCGCAAAGAGGGACGUAAAUAUGAAUAUAAAAAAGAAGAUAAAUAUAAAAAAAGUUUUCCGAAGGAUACGAAAAAAAGUAAACAUAGAGAUUCAGUCAAUUACAGAAAAAGAAAGGUCAUAGAAUUUGACGAGGACAGAAAUAGUGAGAGGUGCGAUAGAAAGAGAACAAAACGAUCUUAAGA